AUGCAACUCUUCAACAGCGUCUGCCUGCUGGCAUAUGGGCUGCUGGCAGUAGCCCAGGCAAAGAGAGGUGAUCAAUAUAACUUCAAAUUUCCGAUGUACGUUAGUGACUUUUACCGCUUUUAUUCGUACACGGGUGCUAACACGAACCACCAGUUUUUGGAGCAAUUCGACGUGAUGUUGAGAAACAUGACACUGAACUCUCGUAAAGUUGUUAUGGAUAAUUUCAAAGAAGCUACGGAUGCAAGCACAUUCAAAGAAGUCACGUCCAGCGAGGUCUUAACAACAGAUGCUUGCAAAGCCGUGAACAACAUGUGGGUAAGAGACUUCAUAAACGAGUUGCUCCUCUAUAAGAUGGAUUACAUCGCCCAGCGCUAUAAUGCUGCGUCUCAACAGUUACUAAAGGAACCCGUAGAUAACCCGGAGUUUCGGGACGUCGGGUUUGACGAGCCCCUCGACAAGAUGAUGGUUUAUUUCUGGGCAUAUCAGCUGAAACAGGCAUACGACGAAUUGAUGGGUAAUGCGUCUAAGAUCCACACAGAAUGGGAGAAACUAAAGGUGUCUAUCAACACGAGCCUCACAGUGGCGGAUUAG